UUUUUUUUUUCUCGAGAAAACAAAAGAAACCCUUUCCCAAUCCCAGCAAAAUCAAACGAGAGUUUCACCAUGAUCAGCAUUCUCGCUCAGGAACGUCUUCUUGGUUUCACUCUUGGUAGCGCCUUGACUGGGCUCGUCGUUUUCGAGCAGCGAAAGCUCAUUCAUCAAUCUGUUUCUGAUCCUAAAUCUCAAUCCGUUGAUCAAUCUCAGGUGAGAGAUCGUAUAUUAGGGAAGAAGUAUCGUGUGGAAUUUGCAUCUCUGUGGAACAAAGCUGUGGAUCAGACUUUUGAACCUGCCAUUGAAUAUCUUAGUUCGCGUAAAUGGUAGAGAUGGAUAAGUUCUUUUGUUGGAAAUGUGAAACUUCGAGAAUACUCACGAAUUCGAUUGUUGUCCUGUUUUCAGUACUAUGAGUUUGAGAUGUAGACACACUCGGUUGUUAUGGCCUUAUCUGAAUACAUCACUAUUCUUGUUUUGUCUACCUUCUUGAGAAGAGAAUUGUUGUGUGUUUACUGAAAAUGUUGACAAAAGGUUAUGUUGUUUGGCUUAAUGAUUGAGAUGCUGUGAUGUAUAACUUUUUAUACUA